CAACAUGUGCUGCUUUAUAGUUUUGUGGAAACUUUGACACAUUUUUUCUUUUUUUAAUUCUUGGAUAAGUAACUGCGUUUAUUUGAAAUAUAAACCUUUAUAAAUGUCACUUUUGAUCAAUUCAAUCAAUGCAUCUUUGCUGAGUCAAAAAGUAUUUAUUUUAAAUUAAUAAAAAAAUAUGCUGUGUCCAAACGUUUGAGUGGUAGUGCAUGUUUUAUUUUAAGGUAUGCAUUGCUGUAAAAAUAGUACUUUAUGAACAUCCCAUUAUGCACUGCAUGCUCUAAGUUUGAUAUUUUGUGUAAAGGCUAUUAAUUUGAGAAAAGCAUGUCCAGAACACUGUUGCAGUUAUUGUGAUGAAAUGCUUGACACAAUUCACAUGUAACCUAUUUGUCUAGACUCUAGAGGAUCCUGGUGUGGUGCAUUCUUUUCUCAUAGGUAGUUCUCAGUAUCAGUAAACUACACAGUCUCAUUAAGAUGAGUCACAAUGUCUCACGUCAGCAAAACUGUUAAUCACCAAAAAUCUAUCGAUAAAAAGAAAAGCAUGCACCAGACUAACCUGCUCUGCCUCUGUGGAGACAUGGCUUGAUUCUAAUCUUUAGUCUCCACACAUGUGUACGUGUGUUUGGACACUGAUGCUUCUAUAAAGUCUCACAGAUUGUCACAAAGACUCAGUACUGAUCUCCAUCGUCGUACCCGACUGUCUCUCCUCUUGCACGAGCGCAAGUCAUCAUGGCAACUAAAAUAGUUAUUCAGCAGCCCAAGCCACUGGUUCUGGCUCCUGGUUCUGACCAAUGGUCCUCUGGCAUGUGCGAAUGUGACAACCUCAAUGACUGUUGCUUUGCGUUCUGGUGCUGUCCAUGUUUCGCCUGCAUCACAGCCAGAGAUCACGGAGAGUGUCUGUGUCUGCCUCUGCUGGACAGUUUUGGCCUCUUCCCACCCAUCACUAUGGCCAUGAGAGUGUCUGUCCGGCGCACCUAUGGAAUUGAGGACUCUAUCUGUAAUGAUUGUGUGCUGUCCUUCUGCUGCGGCCCGUGCUCCUACUGUCAGAUAAGACGUGAGAUGAUAGCUCGCAACCACCCCGUCACACUCUUCCGCAACCGACCGAAAUAAAACAACUUCAUCGUCAGUCACUUAAUGAAUCAUCAGCUCUGAAAAGAAAUAAGCUAGCUUUGAGCGUGUUGGAGAAGUCUGAAAUUCGGCUCUGACCCAAGGACUGAUGUGGAUUUCAGAUGCUCGGGGAUGAAGACUGAAAACUCUUCUCUAAAAAUACAUGAUUCUUUAGGAUAACUAACCAUACUGAUGUUUUAAUGUAUUGAUGUAGAUCUGUAACUGUGAAACUAUCAUUCUGAAUCAUGAGGUCCUUUUUAAUUCUGUUUCAGAGCUCUUGCUUUUAGUUUGUUUAGCCUUUUAUAAAUAUUUGUUAAUAUAUUAUGUCAUUGUACAUGUGUUGAAAUUAAAAUUUUGAUGAACUGCACUCAUUUUGUCUGAUGUUUCAUUGGUUUCAUUAACUGUGUGCGUAAAUCACCUGCCUAAAAAUAGAUUAUGUUCCCCAAAAUAAAAUGAAUGAUUAUCCAAUCUUACAGUAUAUCUAAUUAACAGUAUAUCUAAUUAACAAAUAGUCUGUGUGUGACAAAAACGUUUGAUUAGAGCCUUGAAUCCCCUCCAGGUUUCUUCCUCACUCUUUAAUGUUAUUUUCCAUGCUACUGAUACAUUGUUUGCAGGAUACUAACUUUAAUUUUAUCUUCUUUAUUUUUCUAUUGUCUGUCAUAAAAAUAAUUAAAAUGAAUUGCUUCCUGGUUACGAUUUCAGGGAGCUGUCAAAAGCAGUAAAGAAAAUGUAAUUACUAUAAUUUUAAAACUGUGAAAGUGGUAAUACUGUUUUGCACUGAGUAAUAUUACCUAAAAAUAAGUAAUCCAUUUGUUAGUGUAUUUAUUACUUUAUAUCUUUGUUAACAUUGGUUAAUAAAAAUCCAGCUGUUCAUUUUCACUCAGGUCCAUUGAAUAAUAAAACAGAUAAAACUUUUGGUUUUAAUAAGGUAUAUAAAUCACCAUAAACUAAGAUUAAAAAUGCUUUAGAAGUAUUUUCCUUUGUUAGUUCACAUGAAGUCUUGUAGUUAACUAAUGGCAACAAAUGCAACCUUACUGUAGGCAACAUAAAGUGUUCAAUAAAAAGCAUUCAAUUGUUUUAUGACUUAUUUUAGUUUUUAGCCCGAACAGAUUGCAAUAUA